AUGUACUUGGAUGUUGAAAUCAAUUUUGGAUAUAAAUUGAUGUUACAAAUUAAUGACAUGACACUAUUAGUUGCAGAAAAUGAAGGGUUCAAUUUUUCACCAUUUGACUUGGGGGGCUUUAAAGCACCGGGACCUGAUGGCUUUUCUGGCAUUUUUUAUCAAACUCAUUGGGAUAUAGUCAAGUCUGUUGUCCAUGAAUCUGCUAUCAACCAUCUUGCUGCACAAAACACUCUCUCUCACUUUAACCAAACUCAUAUAGCCUUAGUUCCCAAGGUCCAGUGCCCUGUUUCUGCCUCACAAUACCGACCUAUUGCUUUAUGCAAUUUCUCAUACAAAAUUAUGGUAAGCAGACUAAAGCCUUUCAUGUCUGACUUAAUCACUGAGAAUCAGUCAGCUUUUAUCCAACAGAGGCAAAUCCAAGACAACAUCAUUGUUGCUCAUGAAGCAUUCCACCAUCUCAAACUGCUUCGCUCUGGUCAUGAUGGUGCUUUUGGGUUGAAAUUAGAUAUGAGCAAAGCUUUUGACAGAGUGGAAUGGACCUUCCUAGAUGCUGUUCUCCGAAAAUUGGGGUUUGCUGCCCAUUGGGUGGAUCUCAUUAUGAGCUGUGUAACUUCAGUCUCUUACUCUGUUCUUUUUAAUGGAAAACCAGGUGCAAGUUUCAGACCCUCACGUGGCCUUCGCCAAGGAGAUCCCCUGUCUCCCUUCUUAUUCCUAUUCGUUAACGAUGUCCUCUCUAGAAUGUUGAUCAAAGCCUGCAAUACUCAACUCCUGCAUCCAAUAUCUCUUGGUCAACCGGGCAUUGAAAUUAGUCACUUGUUCUUUGCAGAUGACUCUCUUUUCUUUCUAAGAGCAACUCUUCAAAAUUGUGAACAUCUCUCCGACAUUCUUCAUACUUACUGCCUCGCUUCUGGUCAGCUCAUCAACGCCGACAAGUCCUCCCUCUACUUCAGUCCAAAUACCAGGCCAAAAAUAAUCCAUUUUCUCAGCUCCAUUUUGGGUAUGAAGGUUGUAACUGAUCUGGGCAAGUACUUAGGACUUCCCACCACUUGGGGUCGUUCCAAAAGAGGUGCUCUAGCUUACAUCAAAGAAGCUGUUUUGAAAAAAGUUAAAGGUUGGAAGCAAACUUCACUCAGUCAAGCUGGGAAAGAGGUUCUAAUAAAGUCUGUAGCCUCUGCUAUCCCGGCCUACCCAAUGUCGUGCUUUAAGUUCCCUCUUUCUACCUGCAAUGAGCUUAAUUCUAUAUUGAGUAAAUUUUGGUGGGGUAACACUGAUUCCUCGGGAAUUCAUUGGAAAUCAUGGGACUUCCUUAGUUUGCCUAAAGAUCAGGGUGGCCUUGGAUUUCGAAAUAUGCAAUCCUUUAAUGAUGCCUUACUUGCCAAGCAAGCUUGGAGGCUAAUUCAAGAUCCAUCUUCCCUGUGUGCUAGAGUUCUUAAACAGAGAUACUUCCCUAACACUACCCUGCUCCAUGCUCGGAAAGGUGGCACCCCAUCAUGGAUUUGGUCUAGCAUCCUAAUCGGUAGAGAUCUUCUGCACCAAGGUACUGUAUGGAAUAUUGGAAAUGGUUCUUCAGUCAAUUUGUGGUCUGACCAUUGGGUCCCAAUGCCCUCCCCUUCCCCAAUAUGUGCUGAUCAUAUCGACUCCUCCUCUUUAGUAAGUUCUCUUAUUGACUGGAACUCCAAACAGUGGGACACUAGCCGCAUUUCUACAUAUCUAUCUGCAGAUUCAGUUCGGCGUAUCUCUGCCAUCCCUCUCAUUGACCCUCAGACCCCGGACAAAUUGAUUUGGCCUCAUGUGAAAAAUGCUUCAGAAUUCACUGUGCAUAAGAAAUGUCCUUCACCCCCUCACACUCCUUCAUCUUCCACCUCCCAAUCCCGUGCUUCUCAUCACUGGCAACCACCCCCCAUACAUGCUCUCAAAAUUAAUACUGAUGCAGCCUGGCAUUCUGACUCAUUAUCAUGUGGUGUUGCCGCAAUUGCACGUAAUCAUCACGGUCGUAUAAUUGCUGGGUCAGUUAAAACCAUUUCCGCUCCUUCUGUGUUGGCAGCUGAGGCUUUUGCAAUGAAUGAAGCCAUGGUUCUUGCUCUCUCCUUCCCUCAUCGGCAUGUGGAAUUAGCUUCAGAUUCUCAAUCUCUCAUCAAGAGUCUCACUACAAAUGUUCCCCCUGCAGAUUGGCAGGCUACUAACAUUAUCACUCAAGUCCGGUAUCUAGCUCAAACCCGGCAAGUCAGCUGGCUUUGGACCAGCAGAUCAGCAAAUUGUGCAGCAGAUCAUCUAGCUGCUCUUGCUUGCAGAGGAAAGUGCCCUGUGAACUGGCUUUCACACCCGCCUUCUUCUCUUUCUGAAAUCUUGUUGUAUGAUGGGUGCCCUGGCCCUCCUUGCCUCUGCUCUGGCCUCUCCUUUUUGAGGCUUUAUGAGCUUUGUCCUUCUGCUUGUUUCCUUUGGUUUCUGUUUUAA